AUGGACAUUGACGCGUACUUUGAAAGGAUUGGUUAUCAGAAUUCCAGGAACAAACUGGACUUGCAAACAUUAACUGAAAUCCUUCAGCACCAGAUACAAACUAUUCCCUUUGAGAACUUGAACAUCCAUUGUGGGGAAUCCAUGGAGCUGGGCUUAGAGACUAUCUUUGAUCAAAUUGUGAAGAAGAAGAGGGGUGGGUGGUGUCUUCAGGUUAAUCAUCUCCUGUACUGGGCUCUGACAAAAAUGGGCUUUGAAACCACAAUGUUGGGAGGGUAUGUCUUUAACACUCCAGCUAAUAAGUAUAGCAGUGGUAUGAUUCACCUUCUAGUACAGGUGACCAUCAGUGACAGGAACUACAUUGUUGAUGCUGGAUUUGGACGUUCCCUCCAGAUGUGGGAGCCUCUGGAGUUAGCCUCAGGGAAGGACCAGCCUCAAGUGCCUGCCAUCUUCCGUUUGACAGAAGAGAAUGAAACCUGGUACUUGGACCAAAUCAGAAGAGAACAAUAUGUUCCAAACCAAGAAUUUGUUAACUCAGACCUCCUUGAGAAGAACAAAUACAGAAAGAUCUAUUCUUUUACUCUUGAACCCCGUACUAUUGAGGACUUUGAGUCCAUCAAUGCCUACCUUCAGACAUCACCAGCAUCCGUGUUUACAAGCAAAUCAUUUUGUUCUUUGCAGACCCCAGAAGGGGUUCACUGUUUAGUGGGCUGCACCCUCACCUAUAGGAAAUUCAGUUAUAAGGACAAUGUAGAUCUUGUGGAGUUUAAGAGUCUGAAGGAGGAAGAAAUAGAAGAUGUACUCAAAACUAUAUUUGGCAUUUCUUUAGAGAAAAAACUUGUGCCCAAGCAUGGUGAUAGGUUUUUUACCAUUUAG